AUGCAAUCCUCCAGCUACAAUAUAUUUCUCCUCGCUGUUCUAGCAGCAGCUUACCUCGGUCGUGACACCACCACAGUCGAGGCUUGGUCCAUGCCAGAUCCAAUCACAAGAACAUCACAGCAAUCGAAUACAGAGAGACUGGCUACAUCCCGCCGCCAUUGGUUCCAACAAGCAAUUGCUGCCACCUCUACUCUCGUCACAGUGGCUGCAAUCUCGCCACUUCCUGCGUCAGCUGCCACUUCCGUAGUAGCUUCCCUGAAAGACGAAUUGAAAACCUGCCAAUCCAAGCUCGUUGAUAUUCCGGCUCUCUUGGAACAACAAGAAUGGGACAAGGUCAGAACCAUUCUCAAGACGCCACCCGUCAAUAAGCUAUGGAAUCUUGGUGACUCGCAAAAUGUCAUCCUUCAACUGGCAAAGGAAACUGGCGAUGUGGAGCUCUUUGAAGUGAAGGAUGAACUAUCAAUAGCACUUCAAAUGACCGAUCAGCUCACUUACGACAAUGUAUUUGUAUACUUCCAACCAGGAAAUGGAAAAGUGAAAAUCAAAGAGCCGGUAGACCUUGCGAAAAAAGCAAUCGGAAUUGUCCAACAGAUUCUUGACGAGUGA